AUGGAGGAUUGCCUUCAUACCUCUUCUGAAAACCUUUCCAAACUGGUCAGUUGGGCCCACAGCCAUGGGACCAUCUGCAGCCUCAUUCCAAAUCUAAAGCACUUGCUUUCUGAAGGUUCCCAUGGCAACCUGACAGCUAUGUGGGGCUGUGGCGCAGGCCAUGCGUAUCAUUGGCCACUGACUGCUACCUGCAGGGCUGGAUCCCAGGAAAGAGUAUGUUUCCAGGACAACAGAAGCUUCAACUCGGACAGUCCCAGCAUCAUAGGUGUGCCCUCGGAGACACAGACUAGCCCAGUAGAGAGGUACCCUGGGAGACCAGUGAAAGCAAAGUUGGAUUGUAACAGAACCAGGGACUCCUGUGAUUUCUCUUACUGCAGUGAGCCUUCAGAGCUAGAUGAAGCCGUGGAAGAAUACGAAGAUGAGGCUACCCUCUUUGACAUGGUCUGCGAGUCCUCGGUGACAGAUGAGGAUAGUGACUUUGAACCUCAUACCCAAAGAUCUCAAACCAUUUCCCGCAAAAGGCCUGGAGCGGGCCAAUCCUCAUCAUCUCUUUCAGGCUCCCAGUCUCAGGUCAUCGAUGAAAGUAGUAACAAUGUGAUCGUCAAAAAGAUUAAGCAAGAAAUCCCUGAAGAUUAUUAUAUUGUGGCUAAUGCAGAACUUACUGGUGGCAUUGAUGGGCCUGCAUUAUCGCUGACGCAGAUGUCAAAGCCCAAGCCUCAAACUCAUGCUGGACCUUCCUAUAUUGGCCCUUCUAAGCCCACCCCUCCUGUAGCGCCUUCUCUCAGUGCUGAGCUAGACUUACAAAAUGUGUCUGCUUCUCCCCCCGUCAUAUCGAGGCCUGCAGUUCAGAAGCCUGCAAGAGUAACUCUGGCUUCUCCAAACAGAGGACCAGCUAGCACCCCUACAGCCAACCAACAGGUAGCACUCCAGAUGCCAGUCAGUACUUCCAAUACCAGCAAACAGAUUAGCAUUCCUUUAUCAGCCCUGCAGCUCCCUGGACAAGAAGAGCAAGCUGCUUCAGAAGACCUUCUCCAACCCGUGCCAAACCAGGUUCCUGCUGGCGAAGUAGCAUUAUCUCCUUCAAUUAGCGCGGAGCCGGAAGUCAGCUCUAGUCAGCAACAACCUAACACUGCUCCUAUCAUCACUGCUGAGGCAACAGCACAGUCAAUACCAGACCAGGAUGAGAGAGCAGCGGAACUCAGCAGGGAGCAGAAUGAGAAAACCAUUCGCAGCACUCAGACGGCUCUCCGUAACUUCAGAGAGUUUCUCAUCUCCAAAUAUCCCUCAGAAACCCGGGAAAUCUAUGUCAUCCCUUGCAAAGAGCUCGAUGCAUACUUAGCUUCCUUCUUUGUGGAUGCCAGACAGAAGGAUGGCUCAGAAUAUGAGCCAAACAGCUUGGCCAACUAUCAGUGCGGGCUGGAGCGCUAUCUCAAAGAACACAGGUAUGGAUACAGUAUUACAAGGGAUAAGGAGUUCAAGAGAUCUCAAGAAGCUUUGAAGCAAAAGCAGAUAGAGCUGAGGUGUAAAGGUAAAGGAAACAAGCCACACAAAUCCAUGAAGCUGACCUUUGCUGAUGAGCUUAUCCUACGCAAAAGAGGCUUGUUGAGUCGAUAUAAUCCCGAGGGGCUGCUGAACCUUGUCUGGCUAAAUAAUACUAAGGCGUUUGGACACUGUACAGGUUUUCAUGGGUCCACCCUCAAAUGGGGGGAUAUCAGGCUCCGGGUGACAGAAACAGGCUUGGAAUACUUGGAGUGGAUGGGGCAAGAGACUGGGGAUAUGAAUGCCAAAACCAAGAGAGGAGGGACUGAUUCCAGAGUCUAUGCCACCCAGCAUGCUCCACAGACCUGCCCAGUGCAAGACUACAAGGAGUACGCUCAAAGACGGCCCCCUGCAAUGCGAUACGAAGAUGCUCCUUUCUACCUGUCCAUCAAGCCGGUUGUCAACCUGGCUGCACUUCAUUGGUACAACUGUCAAGCCCUGGGAAAAAACAAGCUUGCAAAGAUGGUAAAGACGAUGUGCGAGAAGGGCAACAUCCCUGGCAGAAAGACCAACUUCAGCGUCUACCAGAGCUGCAGCACCCUGUCCGAAGCACAGAGUAACCAGCUGGUGCUAAUCUGUAACAAUUUAAGUCAACAAGCUGCCCAGUCUAUGGCAAGCCACUCCAGUUCUGGCAACUUCAUAGUGUCGGCUUCUUAUGACUCUUCCUCCGACACGGCCUGA